GUCACCUCCCCUUUGGCUCCAUACCUGAUCUCUAAAUCUUCAUCAUUCUCUUGCUCUCCCACCCUGUUCUUUCCUGUUCUUCCUUUGCAGUGCAUAUAUAGAUAGAAAAAUGAUGGGUAAGAAAAUGUUGUCUUUCAAGAAACUAGCGAAGAAGGUAAAGGUUCUGGUUAGAGUUGCUCAGGAACUAACACUUCAUGAAUAUUUGCUCAAGGAAUUUGAGGAAGCAUCUCUUUCUCCCAAAACGCCAACAGGUUUCUUUGCGGUAUAUGUAGGAGAGGAGCGCCAAAGGUUUGUGGUUCCAACCAGCUUUCUCUCGCACCCAUUGUUCAAGAUUUUGUUGGAGAAAUCAUACAACGAGUUUGGGUUCGAGCAGAGCACUGGCCUGGUAGUUCCAUGCAGCGUGUCUACUUUCCAAGAGGUCUUAAACGCUGUAGAAUGCAGCAAUGGGAAGUUUGACUUUGGGAAACUGGUUGAGGAGUUCAUUUAGAUUGUAGAAGAUGGGUCAUAUAUUUUUAUAGGGGCCAGGAUAUUGUUUUUCCCUAAUGUAAGUGCAUGGCCGGCCGCUUGUAAUUCAAAGGAUGUAAUGAUUUAGGAUGUAUAUGAAUACAAGUCAGUUCUUCCAAAAUGGUCGAGGUAAUUUUCAUCAUUUUUGUCACAUAGAUCUUAGAGUUUGGAGUGUUUUGCCGGAAAUUAUUGC